AGCGCUACGGGGGAAGCGCCAUGUCCGCUCCUGCUGGGCGACGUCCGUGCCGGGUUUUGCACCUUGUCCCCGGGCCUGCCUCACGGCCCAGAGGAGCCGCCGCUGCCGCCGCCGCCGCCGCCGCUGCUGCUGCGGUGUUUACUGAGCGCUCCUGUCCUGAUAUCACUCCGCUGGCAUGGAGGAGGAGGAGGUGGAGGAGGAGAGCAUUUGAUCAUUGUGAUGGUGGCAGGAGGAGCAGCAGCCAGCACGACAGAGCAAAGCGCUAGGCUGUAUCAGCUCAGCGUUUGGCAGAGACUUCAGAGCGCUACUUUUUUUUUUUUUUUUUUCUUUUUCUUUUUUUUCCCUCUCCAGCUCGGUCCGGAUUGUUCAUGUGUUUACUUCCCCCAGCCCGAGGAUUUGCUAUUUAGGUUCCUGUUGAAAUGCAACUGAGCAGCCAAAGUACUUUGCGAACAUGGUGCGGCAUAAACACCAAAACUUUUUUCUAGAAGGAAAAUACAAUAAGCAAGCGGCUUUGCCUGUCUUUUGAUGCCGUGGAGUGCGAGUGAGUGUGCCGUGUGUACCCAGCGUGUGCCUGUGCUUGGAUGUGUGUGUGCGAACGUGCGUGUGAACGGGUGUGUAUGUGUGUGCAUGUGGAGGGGUGCGUGUUUCUCCUUAUCCAUGGGGAGAGAAGGCUUUUGGCAAAAUCUCCGGAAAUCUCAUGGAAUCUGUUUUGAAAUAAUGGAUUAUAAAAAAAAAAGAGGAGGAAAGGAACUGGUCUGAUAUCUCCUGGAGUUUGCUAACCCGAACUGCUGCUGCUUAGUUUGUUGUGCUUUUUGUGUGUGUGUGUGUGUGUGUGUGUGUGUGUGUGUGUGUGUGUGUGUGUGUAUGUUGGUUGUGUUGCUGGCGAUAACCUUUUAGCACCUUCUCUAUUUCCCUCCCCCCUUCCCUCUCUCUUUUUAAUGUUUUGGAGCUUCUCGAGAGGGAUUGGCUGGGGGAAAAGAGAAACAUUUGCUUGGGAUCGCUGUUUCCCUGAUACAUGAUGGUGCCCCUUUUCCCCCCCCUCCCCGGUUCUCUAAAAAGUAUCCCAUCAGGACCCCAGAGGAGACUGUAUGUGUGAAGUGUAGGAUAAGAAGUUCUUCCAAAAUAGUGUGCACGGGGACGAGGAUGGGGGAUUUUGCAGCCCCCGCUGCCGCCGCGAAUGGCAGCAGUAUUUGCAUCAACAAUAACCUGAAGAGCAGCCUCAGCGGGGCCGGUAUCGGGGUUAACAGCACUCCCCACGGCCCUCCUGCCGCCGCUCCCGGUAACAAUAACGCCGGUAGUGGCGGCAUUCCCAAGCACAGCACGGUGGUGGAGCGGCUGAGGCAGCGCAUCGAGGGCUGCCGGCGGCACCAUGUCAACUGCGAGAGCAGGUACCAGCAAGCCCAGGCGGAGCAGCUGGAGCUGGAGCGCAGGGACACUGUGAGCCUCUACCAGCGGACCCUGGAGCAGAGGGCCAAGAAAACGGGCACCGGCGGCAGCAGCAGCAAGCAACAGCACCAGAACAAACAGCAGCAAGAUGCUGAGCCCGCCACGGCGGAGCAGAGGAACCACACGCUGAUCAUGGCAAGUGAAUGCAUAGCUGCAGAAGACUAUAAUCAAAAAAGCAGAGUAUUAGCAAGGCUUCAAAUGCCGGGAAAGGGUGACGAGCUUCAAGAGACAGUCAAAAGGAAGUUGGAAGGCGCACGUUCACCUCUCAAUGGAGAACAGCAGAAUGGAGUUGUUGAUGGAAACUUUUCUCCAACCAGCAAGCGGACACGCAAGGAUGUGCCAGGCAUUGAGGCAAUCAACAGCUUACCCAUUAAUUUGCCUUUGCCUGCUGUUUCUCCUCUUCACCAGCUUGACAUGAAAGCUCCUCUGCUCCUGCAGAACAAUGGAACUCACAGGAGUGGUCUAGAAGACUUGGGUGAAAAUGGUGGAGUUUUAUCUGAGAUAAAGCUCCCUGUUAAUGGCUGCAAUGAGCUGGAUGAUAGUUUUAACAUCCUGCACAACAAGGAACUAAAGCAAGAGCCUCUGGAUGACUCCAACUGCAUAGACACUUCUGAAACAUCUCUUUCGAAUCAGAACAAGCUAUUCUCAGACAUUAACCUAAAUGAUCAGGAGUGGCAGGAGCUCAUAGAUGAGCUGGCGAACACCGUCCCAGAGGAUGAUAUACAGGAUUUGUUCAAUGAAGACUUUGAGGAGAAGAAGGAGCCUGAAUUUCCCAGGCCUGCCACAGAGACUCAGGAGAGUGCGAGCGUAAAAAGUGAUCCAUCCCAUUCUCCAUUUGCUCAUGUCCCAUUAGGGUCUCCCCAGGUCAGACCAUCUUCUUCCGGUCCUCCAUUUUCCAACAUCUCCUCAGGCUCCAGCAUUGCUUCUGCAUCCAAUGCACCACUGGCCCCAGUCCCUGCUGGAUCACCAGCAAACUGUGUUGUCCAGUCCCCUCAGACUCCCAGCCAGGCCCACACUCCGGGACAGACACAGGUGCGCUCUGGGAAUGGCUUCCUGAUGAACCCGGCAUCGGCCGUGGCAGGAUCAGGGCCUGGGCCAGUGACCCUUCCUAGUGCUGACUUGUCCCCAGCUGAGCAGCUCAAGCAGAUGGCAGCCCAGCAGCAGCAAAGAGCCAAACUCAUGCAGCAGAAGCAGCAACAGCAUCCAAAUCAGCCCUCAAGCUGGUCACCAGUGGGGCCUCCAUCUAGUCCCUACGGAGGACCCUUCAGUGCAGACAAACCAAAUAGUCCAAUGAUGUAUUCUCAAGCCUUUAACAACCAAAACCCUGUAGUGCCUCCUAUGGCAAACAAUCCCCAGAAGACCACAGUUAAUAACUACCUCCCUCAAAAUCACAUGAACAUGAUCAGUCAGCAGCCAAAUAAUUUGGUCACAAACUCCUUGGGCAAACAGCCCAAUAUGCUUUCUUAUGGCAACACCAAACCUCUGACCCAUUUCAAUACUGAGCUGAGUCAGAUGAUGACCCCAGCCAUGGCAAAUCCCGGGAAGAACACCAUGAUGCCAUACAUCCAGCAGCAGCAGUCCCAGCAGACACAGAUGCCAGCUCAGGUGGCACACCUGAGCGAGGAGCAGAAACGCAUGCUCAUCAUGAAGCAGAAAGGAAUGAUAAAUCAGCCCAUGGGAUAUGCAGCACUCCCUGCCCUUGGCCAGGAGCACCAGGUGGGACUGUCGCGGCCCGCGGGGCCCAUGCAGCCGUCUGUGCCGGCGGGCUCCAGCAGCAUAGUCACAGGCACCAGCUCCGGGGGACACUUCCUCGGGAGCCAGCCCCAGGCAGCCAUCAUGAAGCAGAUGCUGAUCGAGCAGAGAGCGCAGCUCCAUGUGAUGGAGCAGCAGAAACAGCAGUUUCUCCGAGAGCAGAGGCAGCAGCAGCAGAUCUUAGCAGAGCAGCAGAUGCAGCAGCAGUCACAUUUGCCUCGGCAGCAUCUGCAUCAACAGCGAAGCCCAUAUCCAGUGCAACAGGUCAAUCAAUUCCAAGGUUCACCCCAGGAUAUAGUGGCUGUGAGAAACCAGGUAGCACUCCAGAGCAUGAGAACAUCCCGAAUGAUGGCCCAGAAUGCGAGCAUGAUGGCCAUGGGUCCCUCCCAGAGCUCGAGCACGCUGCUCACCACUGCAGGCCAGUCGGAUAUGGCCAUGACUCCUUACAGCAAUGCCUCUUCCAGCCAGCCAGGAAUGUACAGCAUGAGCACGGGGAUGAGCCAAAUGUUGCAGCACCCAAACCAAAGUGGCAUGCACAUGGCACAGAGCACGGGCCAGGGAACAAGGCAGCCAGCUUCUGGACAAGCAGUGGGAAUGGUUGGGAAUUUUGGUCAGAACAUGCUGGUAAACUCUGCUCUUCCUCAGCAUCAGCAGCAGAUGAAAGGACCUGUGGGCCAGGUCUUGCCAAGGCCUCAAGCGCCACGACUUCAAAACCUGAUGGGGACUGUCCCUCAGGGAACACAAAACUGGCAGCAGCGAGGCUUGCAAGGCAUACCUGGAAGGACUAGUGGUGAAAUGGGGCCCUUCAACAACGGCACCACAUAUGCCAUGCCCUCUGGGCAGCCACGGCUGUCCAAGCAGCACUUCCCACAGGGGCUCAAUCAGACGGUUGUGGACACAAGUGGGACGGUGAGAGCCGUGAACCCAGCGCUGGGGAGACAAUUGCUGCCACCACUGCCUGGGCAACAGGCAGCCAGCCAGGCCAGGCCGAUGGUGAUGCCAGGAAUGAGCCAAGGGGUCCCUGCCAUGUCAGGCUUCAGUCAGCCCCCAACGCAGCAAAUGCCAGGUGGUAGCUUUGCUCAGAGCAGCCAAGGCCAGGCCUAUGAGAGGAAUCCCACUCAGGACAUGUCUUACAACUACAGUAAUGGAGGAGCAGGGGGGUCAUUCUCCAGUUUAGCGGAGGGCACAGACCUUGUGGACUCCAUUAUUAAAAGCGGACCAGGGGAUGAGUGGAUUCAAGAACUUGAUGAGUUGUUUGGAAACCCCCAGUGAAUGGGAUUGUAUAGUCUGGAGCUUUGGUUCUGUUUUGUUACAUUUAAUCAAACAAAGAGGGAGUCAGAUGUUCGCCUCAUCCCUGGAUUGUUUGUGUUGGUUUGGUUUGGGGUUAUUUUGUUUUCUUUUGUUUUUAAUUGUGCAAACCAAGCUGAUCCUUAGCCAACUUUGGAAGAUUCAGGGGACAAUGAAAACAUCAGCAUCCCAAAACUGUCAUCAAGCAAUCUUUGUUGCGUGGCAGCGCCCACUGUAUGCGUGUGUGGCAGAAUGGAGAAACUGGAAAAGCCAGCUGCUGCGACUGGCUGGGAAGAUUUGUUCUCCCCCCACUUAAGGCAAGGCUUUAUUCAGUGGUGAGGGGCAGUCCCGGUAUGGCCCACCUCAUAUGACUGUGCCCAUUGCAGCUUCCAAGGAAGCAGAUGGAAGAGCUGGGAGCAAAGCCUACAGAUAUUCAGGGGUGAUUGCACAGGCCCUGGUCAGAAACAGUCUUAACCCCAGGGCAAGCAGGUCUGGGAGAGCCACGGCCAGGCCGAUGGGGCUGGCUGUGGGCUGUCCCAAGGGAAUGCACAACACUCACAUGACAAACCUAAACAAUCACAGGGAGUCACCUGUGAUAAACAGCAGAGUGAUAAACACCACUACAAGUGCAGAAGAACAUAAAUUUGGCAGUGUUGUGAGGGCAGAUUGAUUAUGUGACUGCUGCUGGAGACAGCCUAGUGGUGGGUUAACUUAAUGAACUGUUUAGUCCCCUUGGGACUUGAAAGAGUGCUUCCCAAGUCAGAGCACUUGGCAUGGCCCAGCUGCCUGGAGUGUUAAAGGACUGAGAGGUACCAAGAGACAUUAGCAGAGCUCCUCAGCUGGUCCCUCCACCUCCUUCCUCCCCAGGGUGUUCUCAGUUCACUCCCUUCCCCUCCUCUUCCCUCAGUGUAAAGCAAGCUGAGCUGGCUGCACUUUUUUUUCAAGCAAGCCACAAAGGGCCAGGCGGGGGAGGAUAAAACAGGCAUGAGAAAACAUACAGUGAGGGUUUGGCACACAGGAAGGCUUUCUUCUCCCCUCUUAAAAAGCCCAGGUUUGGCAGGUAGUAUUACCCCAGGGUGUCUGGGCUCUCGAUGUGAUAUGUUCAGUUUUAAACAGAUGUUUGGUCUAAUCUCUCUGUUUUGCUGGGAUAAAAUUCACUGCAGUAUUUGAAGAACAGGAGUCAGUGAAGGACUACAUUCAUGAGUGGGUAAAAUAACUGAUAUUACACACAUGGGAUCUGCCCAAAUAAGGUUUUAGAUAAUAGGGAUGUAUCACUAUCUCCACUGUUUGGACCAGUGCUGAGCAGCCCUGUGAUGAAGUUGUGAUAGAUCUCCCACAACACUGAAGUCACCAGCCAUUCUAAGUGUGUACAGCAGGGUUCCCAAACUGUAGAUGGAGGCUGUUUUCUGGAACCUAUUACCUCUUUAGUGUUUUCAGCUGAGAGCUGCUUAUCAGGUUAUAUAGUUGUGCAUAUAAAAAAUGUUAACAUGACCCAUAGUCCAGAGCUUUAGCACCCUCUGGCCUAGCACUGGCCUCUGAGAGCCAUGAGUCGUGCUCUGCAGCCAUGUACUAGUGCCAGUCCCAAUUCCCCAGCUCCUGAUCAUCUCCCUUCGUGCUGUUCUCCCUGCCCAGCAAUGCUAAGUGCUGAGCCCCUGAAUUCCAUGGAGGCUGAGGACCUUGGCACUUGGCAGUUUCAUGUCCUGCCUCUUCCUGUGGAGCACAGGCAUGCAUCACAUUAAUGAGGGAGAGCAAAUGAGUCUGGAACCAUCUCAGUGCCCCUUGAGGCUCCCUUUUGAGCAAUGUCCCUUGCUGGGCUUGCCUAGCGGGGGGAAUUACCUGUUCUAAAUGCUGCGAUGCAGCAGGACAAGCUGCAUUUUUAGUGUGCUAAAGGUGAGCCAUCAAUCCAACCUGCCCUGACUAUUACAUUUUUAAAAAUGGCUUUAAUCUCAUCUCUUUUAGCUGACCCCUUUUUAAAAUACAGCACAAGGGCCAAUCCCAGCUCCUACUGAGGAUGAUGAGCAUGAUUAGCAUGCCUGCUCCUUCAGUAGGAGCCAGGUUGGGCCCUAAUUCAGUGAAAGGGAGCACCAGCCCAAGUUUUUGGUUCAUCCUGUGGGUCAGCAUCUCUUGGGCAGAAUGGAAGGGGUAGGCAGACACUGGGAGAAGCAGCACCCUGAAGGGACAGGGUGCUGUGGCUCCAUGUGUAUCGGCGUGAGCAUGGGGCACAUGCAAGUGUGACAGAGCUGUGAUGGGGUAGGAGGGCAGCCCCCCUGCUGGGCAGGGGACAGUGCUGGGGACAGCACAGCACCCAUGCCUUGGGUGAGAGCGAUCAGGGCUCACCUCUCAGCAUGGAGGUGGGAAAGGGGAACUUAGUAACACGCACCCACCACACAGCAGCCAAUGCAAGCCGGUGUACACUGGGAGAUGCAGGCCUUGAUGAUAAAUGGUGGUCAAGACAAGUCUCUGUUGUCUUUGUAAAGCUUCCUCCAAAUACUCCAUACUGGGAUCAAGUACUAGAGAACAGAUUUUAUUAGAUUUGGGUUGAAUGGGGUUUUUUUUUUCUUUCUUACUAUGGUGCUGAUGUAUAUGUAAUGUUUUAAAAAAAGUCAUUUGUAAAUAUGUUUUUACAAUUCUACAGAUAUCACUGGGUCUACUAUCUGUAAAAUAUAUACAUAUAAAUAUAUAUAUAUAUAAAUAUAUAUAUAUACUGUUUGUUUAAAAUAGAGUAUUUUUAUUUCAUUCCUUGACUCAUCCUUACUGCAGUGGUAUUGCACUUCAGAUGACAUCUAAUUACUAAUUUGUACUGUAUCCCUGACAGCAACUUGCUCCAUUUUAUUCAGAUUUUUCUAGUUUUCUGGUUUUACUUUGUACAUUAAGCAUUGCUUAUUUCCUUUUAAGACCUGUACAGAGUCUGAAAACGUAGAAAAUACCUGAUGUUGCUUUAAACAAAAAGAAACAAAACAAGAACAAACAAAACAAAUACCAAACAAACAAAUAAAAGAUGGUUAUAUGAGUCAUA